UUUUUUUUUGGAAGAAAAUGAAGCAGAGUUGAGCUUCGAAGUAUUCUACACUUCUCUUCACACAUCCUUCCCUCUGUUUUCAUGGCUAAUUUAUUCAGCUCAAUCAGGAUAAUAAAAGGUUAAUCAUUAAGUGCACACAAAGUGCUGCUUGGCAUCUUGGUAUACAUCAUUCAGCAUAUUAGAGCAGAAUUAUAGAUGAUCACGAAGCAAAAUAGGAGAAGGUGCAGGUCGGAGACCUUGUUACUACCAAUCUAUGCCUUAUUGCCUUUUACUUUGGUUGACUGAUUUAGAUGGAUGUUACCUCUCCAGAACCAAAUAGAAACUCCCAAACCGACAGAUAUCCUUUGCUGAUGGAGCAGUCUGAGAGCCACCAUCAGCACAUAAUUGACAUCACAAGGAAUGGUGAUGCUUUAUCCAACUCAUCUCAUGUUGCUCGACUUCCUGAAAUACAUUUAACGCAGAAUGAAGAUCAACAGUCCAGUGGUACACGAGACCCUACUAAUCAAACAUCUUCCUCAUCUAGAUUAAACUCCAGAAAUUCUUCAACUAGAGGCGAGGGAUAUCGUCAUCGAAGAAGGAACCCUUUAAAUUCUGGACUAUGGAUUUCAGUUGAGCUUGUGGCCACUGUGGGUCAGAUCAUAGCAUCUAUAGUUGUCUUGUCAUUGUCAAGGAAUGAAAAUCCACAAGCCCCAUUAUUUGCAUGGAUUGUGGGUUAUACAUCUGGUUGUGUUGCCAUGCUGCCUAUUCUAUAUUGGCGUUAUCGAAGCCAUAAUCAAAGUAGUGAACAAGAUACACCUCAACAAUCUCAAGGAUCUUCUGGAAGUGAUCAUCCAUUGCCUACGUCAUACACAGCUAUCUCCAAUGCUCAUGUUUCAGAUGAGGAGAAUGGUCAUGUGACAGAAUCAGCUGCUAGAAGCACUAGGAUUCCUGGAGCAUUUUUUUCUAGGCUUAAUGGAUUAGUAGAUCAUUUCAAAAUGGCCUUAGAUUGCUUCUUUGCAGUUUGGUUUGUUUUGGGCAACGUGUGGAUCUUUGGAGGCCACUCUUCUCCUUCGGAUGCUCCAAAAUUGUAUAGGUUAUGUAUUGUGUUUCUUACCUUUAGCUGCAUUGGCUAUGCUAUGCCAUUUAUCCUUUGUGCAACUAUUUGUUGCUGCCUACCUUGCAUUAUUUCUGUUCUAGGCAUUCGGGAGGAUUUUUCUCAAACUAGAGGUGCAACAGUAGAGUCUAUCAAUGCCCUGCCAAUUUACAAGUUCAAAUUGAAGAAAACUGAAAAUAGUGACAAUCAGGAUGUCAACACAGCUAUAGACGAAGGUGGCAUCUUUGCUGCGGGGACAGAAAAGGAGCGGGCCAUAUCUGGAGAAGAUGCUGUUUGUUGCAUUUGCUUGGCGAAAUAUGCAGACAAUGAUGAUCUUAGAGAGUUGCCCUGUCUUCAUUUCUUCCACGUAGCGUGUGUUGACAAAUGGUUGAAGAUAAACGCAUCGUGUCCUCUUUGUAAAAGUUGGAGCUUUAAAGGUUUUCAUCAAACCCCUUUACUCGGGGGAGAAAAAAAAAAGCGUUUGCGUCGAGCAUUUGGAGUUUGCUACUUUAUGCUUUUCGGAGUGAUGUAUAUGUAACGUGAGAGCUGAAGAUAGACGUUUUGAUGGUUAUGUUCCACGAGCAUAUGAUGUUUUCUUAUUCACGUAUGGAAGGUUAAGAAUGUGCUUCACCUACCUCCUUGCGCUGGUUUCCCUCUGUUUUGACAUUCUUGGGAAAUAUUGUUCUGUAAAAAUAGGCUGCAUGUCACCUUUCUGAUCUGAUUCAGUUACUGUUUCUUCGUAUGUAUAUAUGUAACGAUUUUAAUGGAAAUGCUUAUUUCCAUUGAACUUAAAGCCUUUGAAGGGUUUCUGCAUUUGGCAAUCAUCCCCACAA